AUGGCGUGUGAGGUGGAGACUGGGGCGGUGUCUCGCUUGAGGAGUGAGGUGAACAGCUUGUGGAGGAAGGCAGUGCGAGGGGAGACCAUGGUAUACGGGGGUGACAGUGUGGGCGUUCACCGCACUAAAUGGACUUGCCAGGCCUCGGGCACCCUAUCUGCCUUUGAUCUAGGCUUCGACGACAACCCUAGCCAAGUUACGAAAGGUAGAUUGCACAAUUUGCAGGAUGAGGUGGGUGCCCUGGAGGCUAGAGUGACACAGGUGGUGCAAGCUUCAUGUGACAGUUGUGAGCUGGUGAGUGUGCCAAGGAUUCAAGAAAUUGAGUUGUUAAUCAGCCAGGUGGCACUGAUUAAGAGGUUGUUUAAGCACAUGCAAGAAGAAGGGAAGGAGGCAUAUAAUAAUCUGGAACAGGAGGAAGCCGAGCUUGAGAAGGAUGUUGUUGCACUGAGAAGUGUUCUCAGUCAAGAAUUUGAAUCAGUUGCAAAAGAAAAAAGAAAAAGUGAAAGAACAUUAAAAAGUAAAGUUAGCAAUAGUUUUGACAUUAGCAGCCAUACAACACCUAAGAAAGAAAUUGAAAGAAGUGACCUGUUUGAAACUAACUCUGACCAAAUUGAACAAAUAAAAAACCCAGUCAUUCCUUAUUUUAAAUACACCUGGGAGGAGAAAGACCAUUUUCAGUUUGUUAAAGUAUAUAAGAGAUAUAGGUCGAGUCAAAGACGCUUGGAAGAAUGGAAGAGAAUUUUUCCUUAUAAAACUGAGGCAGAUAUAUUGGAACAUGCUUCUGGGUAUGGAAGUUAUUUAGAGAAAAGAGAAAAUGUGAAAUAUCAGUUGUUGGAAUGGAGAAACGAAAGAGAGAGAGUCAAGAAACAUUCUCAGGAAGAUGCUCUGAAGGAAAAAGAAGAAACUGAAAAGAAAAGAUUACUUGCAAAAAAUGCUAAAGAAGAAAAAUUAAAGCGAGAACAGGAAAUGAGAUUUGAGAAACUUGGUAAAUGGCAAAAAAUAAAAAAGGAACAAGAAUCUACGACUCAAAAGGCCGAAGAAUGUUUAGAGAAACCUGGAGGAAAGAAGAAUUUUACCAAAGCCUGUUCGCAAAAGAGUGGAUGCUUUACCAAUGAAGAAAGGCAGAUUAUUGCUGUACAACUUGAGGUGUACCAUAAGAAAAAACAGCAGCAGGCAAAGGAAAAAAUUAGGGAGAAACAGGAAGGAGAAAAGUUAAAAGCACAGCUGUAUAGUGAAAGUCACAGAAGGGAAUUUAGGAGGAGAGAUGAACAAUAUAUAAAGAAUAAAAAAGAAUUGAAAGAAUUGCAAAUCAAGGUAAAAGAAGAGCAAAAGAAGAGACUUGAUAAAAUUAAAUCAAGUGUGCAAAUCAAUGUAGACAAAAGUAGAAGUCAUCUUUAUCAACCAACGUUAAGUCACACAAUUUACCGGGUGUCCCCACGUGUGGAGGCGAGUUCUGUAAUCAGCCUUGCUAACAUACCACGAUUAGCAACCCCCAAGUGGAGGAAAGAAACUUGA